AUGGGGGUUUCCGUGUCGCGCAGCGACGCAACGCCGUGUGCACUCUUGCAGAAGGAAGCGUCGCAGCGCCAACAGCGUCGCAGCGUCGCUCCCGCGUCGCAGCGUCGCAGCGUCGCAGCGCCAACAGCGUCGCAGCGUCGCUCCCGCGUCGCAGCGUCGCAGCGUCGCAGCGCCAACAGCGUCGCAGCGUCGCUCCCGCAUCGCAUCGUCGCAGCGUCGCAGCGCCAACAGCGUCGCAGCGUCACUCCAGUGUCGCAGCGUCGCAGCGCCAACAGCGUCGCAGCGUCACUGGCCCAACGGCAGCGUCGCAGCGUCCCAGCGCCACCCGCCCCCCGGAGCGUCGCAGCGUCGCAGCGUCGCAGCGCCACCCGCCCCCGGGAGCGUCACAGCGCAACGUCGGAAACCCACGCUUCGGCCCCCUUUGCCCCUGCACUGAGAUAUUUCGUGAUUGACCAGAGCGUAUCGCAACUGUACCUCUUUGCAUGUGUGAAGAAUUUGAAAUUGCACUUGGCAGUCAUGUCCUUCAUCCAUGCCAAUCUCAUAGCCCAUGGUGGUGUUGGGUAG